AUGGCCAGAAAGAGAAACCAAAAAAAAGGUAAUAAGAAAACCUUCGGUGCUCGUGAUGACACAAGAGCUAAAAGAAGUUGGUCAGAAUUGAUUAAAGAAAAUGAGAAAUGGGAAACUUAUUACAAAACUUUAAACAUUAUCCCUGAAGAAGAAUGGGCCCGAUUCAAAGAGACAUGUCAAUCACCACUACCGCUAACAUUCAGAGUUACAGGUUCAAGAAAGCACGCUCAUGAAGUUCUUAAAUUAUUUCAAGAAAAACAUUUGCCAAAUUUAACUAAUGUGGAAUUUGAAGGUCAAAUUUUAAAACCACCAAUGGAAUUACCAUGGUAUCCAAACCAUUUAGCAUGGCAAUUAGAUGUUCCGAAGACGGUUAUUAGAAAAAAUGAACAAUUUGCCAAGACUCAAAGAUAUCUCGUUGUAGAAAAUGCCGUGGGUAACAUCUCAAGACAAGAAGCUGUUUCUAUGAUUCCUCCAAUUGUUCUUGAAGUUGAACCACACCAUACUGUGCUUGAUAUGUGUGCUGCUCCUGGUUCUAAAACAGCUCAAUUGAUUGAAGCUUUACAUAAAGAUACUGAUGAACCAACUGGUUUCGUUGUUGCCAAUGAUGCUGACGCUAAAAGAUCUCAUAUGUUGGUUCACCAAUUGAAAAGAUUAAAUAGUGCCAAUUUGAUGGUUGUUAAUCAUGAUGCUCAAUUUUUCCCACGUAUCAAGCUACAUACAGAUGCGGAAAAGAAGAAAGAAAUGUUGAAAUUCGAUAGAAUUUUAUGUGAUGUUCCUUGUUCAGGUGAUGGUACCAUGAGAAAAAACGUGAAUGUUUGGAAAGAUUGGAAUACUCAAGGUGGGUUAGGUUUACAUACUGUGCAAUUGAAUAUAUUGAACAGAGGUUUGAAUUUAUUAAAAUCUGGUGGUAGAUUAGUCUAUUCUACAUGUUCAAUGAAUCCUAUUGAAAAUGAAGCUGUUGUAGCAGAAGCUUUGAGAAAAUGGGGAUCAAAAAUCAAAUUAGUUAAUUGUGAUGAUAAACUAGUCGGUUUGGUCAGGUCUAAAGGUAUUUCUAACUGGCCUGUCCUUGAUAGGAACAUGGCUGUAAAAAAUAAAGGUGACGAAGGAACCAUAGAGAGUUGGUUCCCACCAACUGAGGAAGAAAGGGAAAUUUUUCAUUUAGACAGUUGUAUCAGAGUUUAUCCUCAUCAACAAAAUACUGGUGGAUUUUUCAUUACUGUUUUUGAAAAAAUUGAAGAUGAAGUUGAACAAGCCAAGAGAUUAGCGAAUGAAUUGGAAGAAUCAUCUCCAACCCCAUCUGCCAAGAAAUUGAAAACUGAAAAUGGUGCAGCAGCAGAAGUCCAACAAGAACCCGUGAAAAAGGAAAGAUUGCCACGUGAUGCUAAUGAGGAACCUUUCGUCUUUGUCGAUCCAAAUCAUGAAUCUUUAAAGGUAUGCUGGGAUUUCUAUGGUAUCGAUUCUAAAUUUGAUAAAACCACUUGUCUGGUUCGUAACGCAACAGGUGAACCAACAAGAACAGUCUAUACAGUUUGUCCAACUUUGAGAGAUAUUAUUCAAGCCAAUGAUGAUAGAUUAAAGAUUAUUUAUUCUGGUGUCAAGUUAUUCGUUGCUCAAAGAAGUGAUAUUGAAUGUUCCUGGAGGAUUCAAAGUGAAUCUUUGCCAAUUAUGAAACAUCACAUGAAAUCUCCAAGAAUUGUAAAUGCAAAUUUGGAUAUGUUAAAGGAGCUUCUAAUAGAAUCAUUCCCAACUUUCGAAGAUGUUGAAGCUAAACAUCUUGACGAUGAAUUUGUUAAGAAAAUGCAUGACUUGAGUUCUGGCUGUGCUUUCGUGGAAAUCGAAAGAGGAGAAGAUAAGGAGAGUUUAUUUUUACCUGUCUGGAAAGGUGCCAAGUGUGUUAACUUAAUGGUUAGCAAAGAGGACACACAUGAAUUACUUUAUAGAAUUUAUGGUAUUGAAACCACAGCAAAGGACAACUCUAAAAUACAAAAGAAACAAGUGGCUACUGGAACUGCUGAAUCUACUGAAACUGUUGAUUCGAAGGAAACGUCAACUGAUGCCUAA